CCAUGUGAUCGUCUAUACGGUACACCCGGAACCAUAGAAUAGUGAGAGAGGGCAAGGGGAGACCAUGGAAGCAGAGGCCAUACUCGCUGCACUGAUCCCUUCUUGGAGCUCCGUCAUUCUGCUGACCUUCUACUUGGGCUACCUGGCAGUAGCUGGAUUUAUUCUUCCCGGCAGGGUUGUGCCCGGAGCCAUUCUGCCAGACGGCACAAGACUCCACUACCGAUGCAAUGGUCUGGUAUCAUUAUUGAUGCUGCUGGCACUCCUGGGGACUGGAUUUUACAUGAAAUGGAUGUCUCCUACGGUCAUAGCAGACAAAGGUGUCGAGCUACUGUCAACAACCUUUAUGUUCAGCCUCUUUGUUUCUUUGGUGCUUUAUGCUGCUGGCUUAAAGUCCUGUAGUCAGUCUUCCUCUUUGAAAGCACAUGCCACAGGAAACUUUAUUCAUGACUGGUGGUUUGGCGUACAACUCAAUCCCCAUUUUAUGGGAAUUGACCUCAAAUUCUUUUAUGUGAGAGCUGGAAUGAUGGGAUGGUUAUUAAUCAAUCUCUCUCUAUUGGCGAAGAGCUAUGUAACUGGCACUGCAAACCUUUCAGUCAUCCUUUACCACCUUUUUUGUGCGUUGUAUAUUACAGACUAUUUCUUCUUUGAGGAAUUGAUGACCUCCACGUGGGACAUUAUUGCAGAAAGGUUGGGUUUUAUGCUGGUCUUUGGAGAUCUAGUUUUCAUCCCUUUCACAUUUAGUAUUCAGGGUUGGUGGCUUUUGAAAAACAAAGUGGAGCUAACAAAAGUUGCAGCUAUAGCCAAUUUCUUGACUUUUAUCAUUGGUUAUUUAGUAUUCAGAGGAGCCAACAAGCAGAAACAUGUAUUCAAGAAGAACCCUAAAGCUCACAUAUGGGGUAAACCACCAAAAGUUAUUGGAGGAAAGUUGCUUGCUUCUGGUUACUG